AUGUUCAGCCACGCCGAGCAGAAUGCCCCUGCUGCAAAGAUCAUAUUGUACAACUGCAAAGGUUUAACCAAAAGAAAAGGCAAGAAAUGUAACCAUUCCUGUUUCAUGUGUGUGAGCAACGGCAACGGCAACGGCAAAGGCAACGGCAACGGCAACGGCAAAGGCAACGGCAACGGCAACGGCAAAGGCAACGGCAACGGCAACGGCAACGGCAAAGGCAACGGCAACGGCAACGGCAACGGCAACGGCAAAGGCAAGGGCCUUGGGGGUGGGGCCGCUCGCGUGUGUCCCUCCGUCACCCCGCAUCAGGCCCAGAGCCCCCAGGCCCAGAGCCCAGGCCCAGAGCCCAGGCCCAGAGCCCCCAGGCCCAGACCCCAGGCCCAGACCCCAGGCCCAGAGCCCCCAGGCCCAGACCCCAGGCCCAGACCCCAGGCCCAGAGCCCCCAGGCCCAGACCCCAGGCCCAGAGCCCCCAGGCCCAGAGCCCCCAGGCCCGGACCCCCCAGGCCCGGACCCCAGGCCCGGACCCCCCAGGCCCAGACCCCAGGCCCAGAGCCCAGGCCCAGACCCCCCAGGCCCAGAGCCCAGGCCCAGAGCCCAGGCCCGGACCCCCCAGGCCCAGACCCCAGGCCCAGACCCCCCAGGCCCAGACCCCAGGCCCAGAGCCCAGGCCCAGACCCCCCAGGCCCAGAGCCCAGGCCCAGAGCCCCCAGGCCCGGACCCCCCAGGCCCAGACCCCAGGCCCAGACCCCCCAGGCCCGGACCCCAGGCCCAGACCCCCCAGGCCCGGACCCCAGGCCCAGAGCCCCCAGGCCCGGACCCCCCAGGCCCGGACCCCAGGCCCAGAGUCCCCAGGCCCGGACCCCAGGCCCAGACCCCCCAGGCCCGGACCCCAGGCCCAGAGCCCCCAGGCCCGGACCCCAGGCCCAGACCCCCCAGGCCCGGACCCCAGGCCCAGAGCCCCCAGGCCCGGACCGCAGGCCCAGAGCCCCCAGACCCGGACCCCCCGGCCCAGAGCCCCCAGGCCCGGAGCCCAGGCCGGGCCUCAGAGAAAGCAUGA